AUGAUCCCAAUCAGCUCUGCUUUGCUUAGCUUUUCUCCGUCGCGAGAUGAUGAGUUGGUACUGUCGUUGUUCCCGGUGCUGGUUGUGGAUGAAGAUGUCUGCUCUGGCCCUUUUGUGAUGGUCAUUACAGAUGUGACACCGUUACUAACGAUCUGUGUGCUGAUCGCACCCGGCGCAGUUGUUCGAGAUUCUGUCGUCGCGGCAGUCACUGCUUCGGAUUUGAGAAUCUGGGGUCGUAAUAAUGACCCCGAGGAGACUGCGGACACAAAAACUGUCUGUGUCACAACCGACACCGUGACUGUCUCUGUCACUGUGAACGCACCUGUCGAGCUGGCUAUCACGGCAGAGCCGAUGCUUGUGUAG